CUGUGCUGAUAAAAGCACAGUUGAUAUAUUAGUAUAUAAUAGUGAAGAGCAAUUUAAUCCUGUUUUAAGCUCAUAUUCCCGGUGUUUUUUAAGCCUGCGCCUUGGAGCUGAUUCCUCCAGGGGAAGUUCCGGGUGGGCAGAGCCAGAGAGCUGCCCGGUGGUGAGUGCCGCUUUCCCGGUAAACUUCCUCCUCCGUGCGCUGCCACUUCGGAGCUCCAGCCCCCGGCCCUCACUUCCUCCGGAGCCCGCAGCCUGCAGCGGCGGACACACAGCAGCCCGAGCGACGCCCGUUAGAAUUAAUUCACGAUCUGCCAUGUCGCCCAGGCUUCCUGUCUAUCUCCUCAUCACUUUGCCAGUUCUCCUGGCGCAGGGGAGCACCACCAGUUCACCUGGGAAGAGCUCUUCUCCCCCAGCCAGUCCCCCACCCCGCCCGCCUCCUCCCCUGGGCGACCCCAGCUGGGCUCUGGGUCUGCGCCUGUAUCAGGCCCUACGCUCUGAGCCCAGCUCAGUGAACACCCUGUUUUCACCUCUGCUUUUAGCCUCCUCACUUGGAGCGCUGGGUGGAGGAGCUGCAGGCUCCACCGCCAACCAGCUCAAAGACCUCCUCAAGACUCCCACCCCCUCCAAGGCCGGAGCCCAGGCAGGGGAGCUUCUGUCCGGGGCGUUGAAGAGCUUCACCAAAGACAACGCGACCGCUUUUCACCUGCGCACGUCCUCAGCCGUGUUUUCCAAGCAAGCCCCUGCGAUCAGUCAGGCCUUUGUGAAGGACAGCCAGGCCAAGUUCGGGCUGCAGCAUCAGCCACUGGGGAAAGGAGACUCCAAGGCUGACCUGAAGCAGCUCCAUGACUGGGCUAAAGAUGGGCUUGGGGGCCUGGAGGCAGCUCCUAUGGAGGCAGAAAUCAAGGCCAAGGCCGGAGCCUUGAUACUGGCUAAUGCCCUCCACUUUAAAGGGCUGUGGGAGAGAGAGUUCAGCGAGGGGAGCACGGAUCCUCGAACCUUCCUGGGGAAGAAAUACACCAAAGUGGUGAUGAUGCACAGAGCAGGUUUGUACCGUCACCAUGAAGACAUAGGAAACAUGGUGCAGGUCCUGGAGGUGCCGCUGCGGGGGGGCAAGGCCAGCAUGGUGCUCCUGCUGCCCUUCCACGUCGAGAGUCUGGCUCGGCUGGACAAGCUGCUGACCCUGGAGCUGCUGUCCACGUGGCUGGAGAAGACCAGCGUCACCAGUGUGUCCAUCUCUCUGCCCAAGGCCAACAUUUCCAGCACGUUCAGUCUGCAUAAACCUCUGCUCGCUCUGGGCUUGACCGACGCCUGGGACCAGAAGGUGGCCGAUUUCUCCGGCAUGUCCGCCAAGAGCAAAGGGAAGCUUCAUCUGGGCGGGGUCCUCCACUGGGCGUCCCUGGAGCUGGCUGCUCAGGCCGGGACAGGGGAAGCAGAUCUAGAGGAGGAGAUUGUAAAAAAGCCCAAGAUGUUCUACGCCGAUCACCCCUUCAUCCUCUUCGUUCGAGACAACGCUACCGGAGCCCUGCUGCUGAUGGGAGCUCUGGAUCACGCAGACGGGGAGGCCCUCCAUGAUGAACUGUAGCGCCCUCUACCAUCUUUCCCUUUCACUGUUUUAAAAAUCUCCCUCACAAACUUUCUUCGUCAAGACAUUGCCCUUCACCAUGGCACAGUAUCACAUCAAACUACGUCUGUCUGUCAUACACUGACACUGCAUAGUCUGGAACUUACUGACUGACACUGACACUGACACUGACAUUGCCAUACCUGACGCCUACUGACACAGUUUCACACACACACACACACACACACACACACACACACGGAGUGACACCUACAUGGCAUACAUAAAUGACAAAUCUGUGUAAGACAAUACGAAAGUUGACAGUUGCAGCAAAAACACUAACUUUGAGAGACGGGUUGCUUUUUCUCUCACAUGCACACACACACACACUCUCAAUGAUCAAGCCUACACAAAAGACAAGAGUGCACUGACAAACACCAACAUGCUGACAAGCGAAAGUGGCUGCACUGACACGACACUCACAGCAGCAGCUUUUUUAGCGGACACAAGCUCACACUGACACCAGGACAGGUGAGAGUGUGUGUAUGUGCUGUGUCUGUGUGUCUGUGUGUCUGUGUGUGUGUGUGUUUGUGUGUGCGUGGUGACCAGCAUGUUAAGGACGCCCAUGCAGCCUGUCUCAGAGCUGGCAGGGACCUGUGGCGGGGUCUCCUGGGCAAGAUCUGAGGAAGACUGAUGGAUCGGCCAAGUGCUUAUUGAUGAGCCAGCUUAAUGCUAAUGGCCGUAAUGAGUCAGGACGCGUGUCCACAACACGGAGAGGACAGGGAACCUUUUAAUCUCUUAAUACCAGCGGAGAUCAAUUUCACCGCGAUGCCGUUGGAAACAAACAUGACUGACAUCGCUUGACUUAAAUGUAACGGCUUAAUAUUUAGGACGAUUACAUCAGAGGUAUUGAUUGUCGCUUGUGUUUUUGUCCUUUAUAUCGAGCUCCAUGAUGGAUGGAGGAGUGAGUCGACUGAACAGUGUGCAAAACGAUUUUUAAAAAAUAUUCUAAAGAUACAUAUUCCUGGGCGGGUUUCUCCUGGCUUCUAUUCUUUUCACUUCACCUUCACUUUAUUCAUCAAUGUCUCCGCUGAUCUCGAUACAAACCGAUCAAUCAAUGCUGUGCUAUUAGUUUAUAAUACACGAGGCGCUGCCACAGCUCCAUCUUUCGUGACAGCACUUUCUUUUUCCUUUUUUUUCUUGUGGGUUACUUUUCCCCCUGAACUAAAUUGGCUGACAUUGAGCCUCAAGGGUGUAUGGAAGCAGAUUUAAAGCCCUGAACCAGCGUCAUUUAUUGGAUUUUAAGGGCAACACAUGAUAGACUCACAGUGCCUGGAAAGUGCAGCAGCAACUUUGUCACCUCGCUCACCCAAGGCUUCCAAACAAGCAAAGGUAGGAUGUGUUCCUACUGUUUCUAGUGGUUAAUGAGAAGUAAAACAGAAAAAGGAAUUAGUCUUUUUUCUAUCCCUCUUGAAACAGUGUUACCUUGGCUGUCCAUGUGUUUUUCUUCUCUAUGUGGGACAGAAGUGGUGCGCUGAAGGUAAAAUGGAGACGUGUGCUCCAUCAGCCCUGUUAUAGAGCUAACUAACACAGUCUAGACACACAGCUGGUGUGUCACACAGUAGCUUUGUUCCUAAUUUAGCCCUCUGCACAGGUCUGCUCGGCAACAGCGUGUGUUGUGCAUGUGUGUCGGCGUGUGCGUUCGUGUGCGACUAAAGCUCCUACGCUGACCUCUCCGGAGCGGCCUCCUGUGCAGCAGAGGCUUGUAAAGGGCGCCAUGCUGCAGGUCUCCCCCUACGCCGAGCAGAGCCCAGGCCAGACAAGCCGAUGAUGGAGCCGGGGCCGUCCGCUGUGAGCACAUCAAUCCAGCUCGUCCCGACACCAGCCCCCCCGCUGCCUCCCCUUCACAUUGUGUUCAGUCCAGAACACUGAUCAGCACACGCACGCCCACAUCCGCUCGCAGGAAGCCAGACAGAACCUGACAAGGAGAUCGCGAGCCAGCCACCUCUGUGAUGUGGAGCAGCUGCAUGUGCAGUGUACCCGACAACGUGGGGUAAAUAACACAACAAUGUGUGUUAUCUUUUUCUCAGAGGAUGAGAACUUUCUCUGCACAAAUGGCGAGUUUGCCAGAUGAUUGUUUGACAAGUUUGGGAAAGGGUUUCUUUUUAAUACGCACUAAAACUUUAACAUAUAGUUUAAAAUAAAAUAGACUAAAUUGAUCCCGCACUGGGGAAUUUCACUUGCUGCAGCAGCCCAUGGUCAGUUGGACCACGUGAAAGUGUAAAAAAUAGACUUACAAAGGCAUUUAAAUCAAAUAAUCUAAAAACUAGAAUAUAUACAUAAUAUACAGCUUUUACUACAAAGUGAAAUUUGUAGAGAGUUUUACUUCAGUAAAGUGUAGUGACAGGAUGUUUGGGCGAAGAUGUAAACUGAACUUGUGCAUAAUAUGAGGAGAUAUUGAAAUAAAUGUAUACAUUUGUUCACAUACUGACGGUUGAAAGGAAGUUAUGGUACAUAGUAUGAAUAUGAGUAUAAAAUACAGUGUGCUGUAAAUUCAGCAUUGUAUUCUAAAUAGAAUACUAUAUAUAGUGCAGUAUAAACGGGUAAAUUUCCCAAUAGGAGGCAUACAUUUAGGAAUAAUAGAAUGGGUAUACGUUCUACAGAUAUAAACUCAAUUAUUGUGUACAAGGACACUACUGUGCCAAAUUACUUUUUAAUCAAAAUAGUGCAAGUAAUGGUGAGAAGAUGUGAUAUGUAAACAAUGAAGCAUUCAUUUUACAUUCUGAAUAGUGUUGUGGAGCUUUCUAAUUUGCAGCCAUUGUUCAGAGCGGUACGGUGCUAACUCACUGCCUAAGUCUUUAGAACUCAUGUGAUCAGCGUUAAAAUAAACACCAACCUUGUAUUGGAGGCAAGUUUCUCUGGUUCUUAAUGUGUUUCUUUCAGAGGAACACAAGGCUGUUUAUUAGAUUUCUUAAUUGUGAAUUGCAGUAGAGGAAAUGGGUUUUCUCGGUGAUAGAAUUUUUGAAAAUCAAUUAAUUACGAUAAAUAACCAAAGUAGCAAGACUACAGGUUUAAGAAUAUAGUUAUCCACAAUAAUACAUUUAAUUUGUUUUCACAGGAAGUGACACAGUGUCACCACAAUUCAUUACUUUAUAAGCGGGAAGUUGUACUCACUGUGCUUUUGGAGAAUGCCUUUUUUUAUAUAUUUUUGUGUAUUUGGGUUUUUCAGUAGACUGUGUCUGGAAGUGCUCUUUGGCAACAGCCGGCAAUAAUAUUUUGAAAAGGUAAUUGAGGUGAAAUGUUCUAUAUGAGCUGCGAGGACCAGCAGAGCUUCUCCUCAGCCUCUCGCAGGAAAAAAAGGUGUGAAGGAAAUUUUAGGUUUCAUCUCUGUUUUCAGUGAAAAGAUGCUGCUGAACCUCGCCGUCCUCUCUGCCGCUCUCCGUGGUCGGUUCAACCGCCGGACACACUGAGCGGCUGAAAAGAGUGCGAGGCAGCAAAAGAGCACUCGGGGCAGGGUCAUCCCGGUUGCACUGCAGCACCUCCAGAGGAAAUGAUAAAAGUGGCUGUGCUCAACCUGGGGGUCAACCUGCUGAUGGGGCCGCUCCAGGGGCCCCGCCGUUCUCACCCUGAUCUUUUUUAAGCUUGUUCAAAUAGUAAGAAACGGCCGCGUCAUACAUGAAGCACAGCAGCGUGUCAUGCUUGUGUUCGACCACAGGGAGCACUUCACUGACCAACUGAUGAAGCCACAUGAACACCCGGUCUUCUCCACGCCGCUUUCACUCAAACCAACAAGGAGAACAGACGAGGAGCAUUUGACUCGAUUUUAAUGGAGAUGCACUUCCCCAGCUAUUUAAAUAACAAAAUGGCCUUCAGACAUAAAUUUAACUAACAAGUGUUUACAUGGCUGUAGCAGGAGUUCGCAUCGGGCUAUAUCUCACAAGGCUGCGAUGUGCUUCCCUGGGACUGCUGAUGACUCGGCAGCUAAUUAGCUAAUUAAAACAAACCACGUUAAUUUUGCAUGACUGUAUAAUUUUAGGCAAAUAUGUAGCGCUGAAUUUAGAGCCUUGCAUAAAAAGAUAAGAUAUAGGAAAAGUAAACCAGUGCUGAGUGAGAGAGCGUUAGCAUUGACUUAAUGAGCAUUGCCUGAAAAAGAAGGUUUACAUAAACAGCCUAAAAUAAUGAUGGUCUUACAAUGUAAACACUAUCAAUCUCAGAUGACAUUUUUAUUAACUAAUAAAAAAUGAAGCGCAGUCAUAAUCUACCAAUAACAAACCUGUGUGCCGGAGCCACAACGUGAGAAUACUGAACUAUUAUACAGAAUUUUUCUUUGCUUUAUUAUUUAGCAUGUGAAGUUCUUAUUUUUCUUUUUGUUGAAAACAAAUUAUAGAGUUAAAUGAAGUAUAAAAAGAUUAAAAUCCCACCCUAAACGAGUUGAAAUCAAGCAAAACUAUAUAUUUCAAACAAAUUUAACAAAUUUCUACAGUUCUUUGCUUUACUAUUCUUCCAUCCAUGUAAUGUUUUAAUAUUGUGUCUGAUUUCUAUUUUGUGUUAUUGUUCGCGUGGUUUCUUUUUCGUCCAUGUGCAUUUGUGAACAUAGCAUAUCCUAUACAAAAUGAAAAGUGUCCAAAUAAAGAGACUACAAACAUUG